AUGACGCCCCCGAGCGCAGAAACAAGCCAAGCCGAAGUCGAGAGAGGCAGCCAGGAGAAGGACGCCCUCUCAGACACGGCGCUCCUGGAAACACUUGGGUAUAAACCGGUCCUGCACCGCACGUACACGUUUCUGGAGAGUUUCGCAACGACGUUCGCUGCACUGUACUUCGUUGGCGGAGUACGAGUGACAUUCAGCACCGGCAUUGCAGCUGGUGGAAACUUGGCUUAUUGGACUAAUUACUUGAUUACCGCUGUCUUCACUGGGAUCACUGCGUCAGUCAUUGCGGAGAUCUGUUCUGCUUUGCCGUCUGCUGGCUCAAUAUACCUCUGGGCUGCUGAAGCUGGCGGUCCCAAGUAUGGACGACUGCUUGGGUUCGUCGUUGCUUGGUGGAGUACCACGGCAUGGACGACCUUCUGCGCCAGCAACACGCAAUCAGCUGUAAACUACAUUUUAUCCGAAUUGACUGUAUUCAACGUUGAUUUCCCCAAAAAUGUCGAUGAUAUCAAAUUCAGGGCCGUCCAAUGGAUAUGCACUGAGGCCUUGCUUGCUAUUGCAGCCAUAGUCAAUUUCCUCCCUCCACGGAUGUUCAGAUAUGUCUUCUACCUCUCGUCUACCUUUGUUGUUUUAGAUUUUUUGAUGAACGUCAUCUGGCUGCCAAUCGGCGCUCAUAAUACCUGGGGUUUCCGCACUCCCCAUGAAGCAUUCUUAGCUACCUAUAACGGCACCGGUGCUCCGGCUGGCUGGAAUUGGUGCCUAUCUUAUCUUGCUACUGCUGGAAUUCUGAUUGGAUUUGAUGCUUCAGGCCAUAUUGCUGAAGAGACCAAGAAUGCUUCUUUAACUGCGGCCAGGGGUAUCUUCUGGAGUACUGUAGUCAGUGGAAUUGGAGCUGCCUGCACAAUCGUUCUAUUCUUGUUCUGUGCGCCCGACCCUCAGACACUGUUUUCAUUCGGAUCUCCUCAGCCCUUCGUCCCUCUCUAUGCCGUUGUGCUAGGCCAGCGAGCCCAUAUUAUUAUGAAUGUGGUGUGCGUCAUCACCUACUGGUUUAAUACCACUAUUGCCAUCGUAGCUGCAUCAAGACUUGUUUUUGCCGUUGCCCGUGAUGGCGUCCUCCCAUUCUCCAGUUGGGUCUCUCGUGUUUCUCCAUCAGGCCAGCCCUAUAACGCUAUCAAGGUAGUCUGGGGUGUUGCUUCAUUAGUAACAUGCACCAUCCUCCCAUCAAACGUUGCAUUCACAUCUCUAGUUUCAGCCGCCGGAGUUCCCUCCGCAGCUGCAUAUGGCUUGAUCUGUUUUGGACGCGUCUUCCUCACCCCGAAGAAAUUCCCCAAGCCAAGAUGGAGCCUGGGAGUUCUCAGUAAACCGUUUCAGAUCAUCGGAAUCUUUUGGAACGGAUGGGUCGUCGCCAUUCUAUUUUCGCCUUACAUUUUCCCUGUCACUGGACAGACAUUAAAUUAUGCUCCUAUAAUCCUAGCCGGUGUCACGAUUAUUGCAUUAAUAUCCUACUGGGUCAUCCCAGAGGAAUCCUGGUUCCCGAGUGCACGUAUCUCCAGAUUUGUUGAGGGGCAACCCCAGGAUCUUGUGAGUACGGAAGUAAAGCAGUGA